AUUCCUAAUCCCUGGUGGAGACCAUUUUUUAAAAUUCUUAUCACGUCAACUUUGUUUUUGUAGAGAGAGAGAGACUCUGCAGGGAAUCCUAGCAUCUGACGGCCAUUGAAGAUCUCAAACCCUAACAAACGUAUCUCUUUCUUUAUCACAGUCAAUAUUCAUAUUCGUACACAAAAACACUAAAGAAAUUAAGCUUAAAUUGAAGGUAGAGCAGCCUUUGUUCAAUGUUUCCUUUAAGGCAAAGCAAUGAGCUGGUAUUUCAUCAUACCCCUUCUAUUCCCUGCAAACAACACACAAUCCAUGAAGAUCCAAUCGCGGGUUUCACUGUAGUAGAGGGCAGUAAUCUAACAACCAACACCACCAUAGAAGAAAGGCCGUGUAAAUUGUUGGAUGGGAAUACGAAUGGUAAGAAGGACAAAACAAUUAUGCACAGAGACAUCGAGCGCCUAAGAAGGCAAGAAAUGGCUACCCUUCAUGCAUCGCUUCGAUCUCUUCUCCCUCUUGAAUAUAUCAAGGGAAAGCGUUCGAUAUCAGAUCACAUCCAUGAGUCGGUGAAUUAUAUAAAACACCUGCAGAAGAAAAUCAAAGAAAUGGAAAUCAAGAGAGACAAGUUGAAAAAAUUGUCUGAUUCAAGUGUGCCGGCCACAGCAAUUGGAAGCUCUAAGAAUUGCUUUCCCAAUAGCACUGUGACAGUGAACCCAUGCUUGGUUGGUGUGGAGAUUUUGAUUAGUAGCUCUGGAGAGGAAGGGUUAGCAUUUCCCCUAUCAAAAGUGAUGGGAGUACUGGUUGAAGAAGGGCUUAAUGUUGUUAGCUAUGUUUCUACUCAAGUAAAUGAAAGACUGUUUCACUCAAUUAAGUCUGAGGUAACUGAUCAAAUGUGUGUUGAUCCAUCGGUGCUGCAAAAGAAUCUGUCCGUUGUGAUUAACAGCGAGCUGUGACUAAUCUCCAGUAACUACUUUGUGUUUAGUAACAACUUAGUGCUGUCAUUGUCUGACACUUUGCUUUGAACACUGAAAUUUGAGUUUUGUUUGUAUGAAACCUGGCAUGCAAUGUUUGAAUUGUUGCAGGUUCCAUUUUUUGACAAACUCCAUUGGAAAGUGAAAAUGUUUGAUGUAAUUUGGAAAACCAUUUUUGUGGUUAAUAUUUCAGUGAACGUAGACUAAAAGAAGAAAACAAAAAACCUUGUCUUUGAGUAAAUUGAAGUGGAGUAUUUAUGGAAAAGUUGCAGAUGUUGGAAAAUAAUAGUUUUUCGGUAAUUUUUAUUUAAAAUUAAAGUGAGACUCAACCGCUAGUUGAAGUGGAUUUGAGCGGUUUUGUAUACUCUUAAGUGAGAAGAUUGCAAUACAAAAAUAAUUAGCCGAAACCAUUGAAUUGUGAAUGAGAAUUGUCUCAUAAAGUAGGCAUUAAUAAAGUUGGGUUUAGAUUUAGACUUAAUCUUGGUUUGGACUAGAUCUAGACUUGUACUUGUGCAU